AUGGUUCACAAGGGGGGUCUCGAUUCCAAGUUCAACAUCCACUCUGCCGGUACCAUCAAUUACCACGAGGUAGACGUAAAACAAGAAAAAGGUUUGUUCUUUACGAUCAUAUAUCAUCUGGGUUUCUGA